AUGCGCCGCAACCUCUUCACCACCAGCCACGACGGCUUCGUGGAAUGCCUCAACGCAACGCAGCGGCCAGGAUCCGUCACGCUGGACGCAUGGUACCAGGGCACGGCGGACGCGGUGCGGCGCUACCUGGAGCAGCUCACGGGGGACAGGCACAGCGACGCGGAGGAUGUACUAAUCCUGUCAGGGGACCAGCUACAGAGCAGCGGGCAGUACCCGCAGCUGCAGCCGCCCGUGCCCGCCCCGUCCACCUUCGUCUAG